AUGAUGAUGAUGAUCUGGUCUGGGAACAGGAAAUACUUGCUGACAGCAAGCACAUGCAUGCGUGAUUCAUCAAACCCGGCUCCUCGUGGAUGCCAUCGCUGCUUGCUCCUGGAUGAUGGCGAUAGUGGCGCUGUUGGUGAUGAUAAUGAUGAUGAUGACAAUGAUGAUCACAAUGAGCAAUUAUCUAUGAUUUCUCGUUCGGCUGCUGAUCGCUCGAUGCGCAGCCACACAAAAAAUGCUCAUGCGCGAAACAUAUUGAUAACGGAGCUCGUGACUGAUUGA